AGAUCUGGGGUUGCUCUCAGAUCUGCCCGGUUGUUGUUUGUCAGCGAGCUGCAGCUAGUUACAAGUGGAAAAUUAUCCUCCGUAAGAGCACUCCGUGCUAGGAUUUCUCCGGACUCUGAAUGUUUCUGCGGGGUUAACCGGGCAGUAUGAGAGAGACUGACUCUGCUGCAAUGCGUAUAAAAUCCGCAUUCAAUAAUGUGACAAUGUCUGGCAUACACCCUCAUCAACUCUCGAAGCACAAAUAGACCUUAAGUUGCAUCAUGUUCGUAACCUGGCCGUUUCUGGUCCUCGUGGCCAUUCCGAUGGUUUCAGCAUAUCCCUCCGGCAUCCUUCAGAAGAGACCUUUCGAAUGGGACUCUACGAAAUACCUAAUCGCCUUCGGUGACUCGUAUACAUACGUUCAAGGAACACAUGGCCUUCAGAACUACAGUUUCAUCGGCGAUCUGCAAAAUUUUGAAUAUGAUCCACAGACUCUCCUUGCUGACAAGAUUGUCCAAAUCCAGACCGCAACUGCAGAAGGAGGCCCAAACUGGGUAGAAUACCUAACGGGCUGCGGGCUCGUGGAGGGCGUUACCUCGCCCUUUGACUGCGAACAACAGCUAUGGGAUUUUGCAUUUGCAGGGGCAGACAUCUCGGUUGAAUACACGCCUCUCCACCACAACUUUACUGUCUCGCUCGUCAACCAGGUCAAACAAUUCAACGACUACGCACAGCCCGUCCUCAAGCAGACUGUGGAUCAAUCGCAUGCGCUGGUGGCCAUCUGGAUCGGCAUCAACGACAUCGGCGACAGUUCCAAGUACGACGUCGAUUUCCCGACUUUCUACAACGAGCUUAUGGAUACACUCUUCUCCUCUGUUCAGACAAUCUACUCUCUGGGAUAUCGCUCCUAUCUCUUCAUGAACCUUCCCCCGCUGGACCGGAGACCAGGCAACCUAGGCAGUGCUGAUCCCAGCCCCAAUGCGACACAAAUCACUUGGUACAACGAUGCAUUAUCGCAGCACGCAGAAGCUUUCCACGGACGCUACACAGACACCAACGUGAUGUUGUUCGACGCUCAUAGUGAGCUCAGCUAUAUCCUGGACCACCCAAGCCAGUACGGCAUCGUGAACACAACAAAUUUCUGCGCAGGCUAUGACCAGCCGGACAUUGCGUGGAAUUACAAAGCGUACGGGUGUCCAACACCUCUGAGCACAUAUUUCUGGUACAACUCGGGGCACAUGACGAGUCACGUUCAUAAGAUACUGGCCAGUGCUGUUCUGGAGAAGCUGGAGGCGUGGUCUAGUUGAUCUGCUCUGACAACCAUAUGCA